GCGCUCCGGGAUGGGCGCGCUGCCGCCGGGCGCGCUGCUGCUGGGCGCGCUGCUGGGUGAGCGCCGGGGGUGCGUGGGAACCGCGUACGGGGAGCGGCUGGGGGGGGGGCGAGGGGCGGCGGGGGGCGCUGAGAGCCGGGGGGAGCGGCCGGGGAGCGGGGGGGGGCAGCCCUGGCCGCGCUGCUGAUGUCGCGAUGCCGCCCGUCGGGUGCUCUGGGAGGGGACGCUCGGGGUCCGAGGGGGUCCCGCGGCACCGCGCCCCGCACCGCCCCGUGGGGCCGAACCCCGCAGAGCGGACGCGCCGUGCUCUGCUCGCACCGGGGGCAUUUCCCCGCCGAUAAUUCCACCUCCCGCUCGGCAUCGAGCGGAAAAAAAUCGAUGUAUUUUUUUCCCGUCAUCAAACCUGCCGCCCCUCCGUGUGUGCGCCGCUGCCCCCGGGCUGCUCCGCCGUGCCCCGCUCCGUCCGUGGGCUUUUUCCCUUCUUUUUCCCUAUUCCUGCGGGUCGAAGGGGAGGUCUGAAGGCGCCGGGGGUGCUGCGGAGGAACACAGCCCUUCGAGUUUCCUUCGAGUAGAAGGAAACGGCCCCGAAGACAAUGGGGACAAAGGGUGGUGUUUCCUCCCCGGCGGGGCGCUCCCUGCCCCCGGUGGAGCCGCUCUGUAGUUGUGCUAUUCCUUUUUUAUUAAUUUUAUUAAGGGGCGAUAGUUAAAGGGCGGUGGGCUGAGGUGCGGCGGUCGCUGCUCUGCUGGGGGGAGGUGUGCGGCUCCCCUGCAGUGUGCCCGGCUGUGGGGAUGCGGUGCUGCAGGAAGGACCCCACUCACCCCGAGUGCAGAACUACGGAGAAAAGGCGCUCAGGGCCCCAAAUUGGUGCUUUUGGGCGCUCACACAGAACGACAGAAUCAAACAUCCCUUUGCACCUGAUGGGGUCUGCGUGGGGUCACAGACGAUGGGGGAAGGAUGGGAAGGAGCGAAGGAGAGUGGGGUGAUGCUGAGCGCCCGCUGCGCUGCCGGUGUCCCCUCGCCGUGCUGAGCCGCAGGGGUUAAGCCGCCCGGCCGUGUCUAUCUAUAGCAAAGUCGCAUUUUUUUCCUGAUUUUGGCUCUCCAGAGGAUACGGCGCUUUCUGCCCCUGGGUCGUGAGAACGGCCGCCCUGUCCGUUCCCAACGGGCGCAGCACAGCCCCUAUCUGCCCGGCUAUAAAUAGUGCAGGGCUGGGGGACCAUCGCGGGGCCGGGUGGGUGCAGCGCUUCCUCGUGGGUCCUUUGACCUUUCUCGAGGCUCUCGGGGGCCGCUGUCCGUCCACAUUCCCGCUCUGGCACCGUUUCCGCUCCGCAGGACCGUGUUCAAUCUGAGCCGUCAUCUCUCGGUUUAAUUUCUGUCUCGGUUUCACAUGGCCAAAUCGCCUUAAUCCUAUAGAGCCAGGGCAUCGGAUGCAAUCCGCCUUCAGCUCAUUAAUUCCCGGGUGGUUAGUGGGUGGCUUAUAGGGUCCGCCUGGGGGCUGUGGUUUUGGGGAGGAUGCUUUUGGCGUCAGGAUGGUUUUGGGGUGUUUGGAUGGGAGAGGCGGCAUUUGGGGCUGAAAUAGUGGGGUUUAACCAGUGGGACACAGGGUGUCCCUACGGGGUCACGGAGCUCCAUGCAGGUGCAGCAGUUUGCUGUGGAGAACUGCCGGAGGUGUGUGGGGAUUUAAAGGCUUUUUCCAAAGGAAAAAAACCUGGCAGAUGGGCUCAGGCAGAGGAGCCCUCCCUGGGCAGGUGUUCAGCUCAGGGCAGUUGGAUGAAAUCGGUGUUUUUCAACCCAAACAAACAGCAGCCGGGUGGCCCCCAGGGAGGGCAGAGCAUGAAGGGCCCGUUCCCCCCCGCUGUUAUGCAUAUGCACGCCCCAAGCAGCUUAAUUUUUUCGAUCUGGUUAAAGCAUUAGGGGAUUUGCAGUGGCGAGGUGGCUAAAUCUGGAGCUGAUGCCAACAGCAGCGCUGCACACUGAAGGGUUCGGGGCUGCUCCCCGGGCACUGCGUCCCCACCGGGACUCAGGCAGCAGCACUUGGAGGGCGAUUCCUCCUGCGCUGAGGGGCUGCGGGGCACCUCCCCAAGAAAAAGGGCAAUUCUGGAUGCCGGGGUCCUCCAGCAAGGCAGUGCUCGUGCUUUGAGGACAUCCCACCGUGCUGGGUGUGAGGAUGGAGCCACGAUCUGUUAUCUAACUCCGAUAUUUGGAGACGACAGGGCUGCACUGUGGGCACAGUGCUGUUGGGCCAUCAGUAGGUUUCAGAGUUAACGCACACUCCUAACCACAAAGGGAGCUGUGGUGAGCCGUGUGGGUCUGCCGUGGUUUAAGCAUCUGCACAAUGAUGAGUGCUAAAUGUCAGCGGGGAGGGAUGGAGCUGCUCUAAGAAUAUGUCCGCUGAGCUUCAUUGCAUGGGGAGAACAGCCCAGGCCGGGCAAAGUGGGACAGCUCGAGGCUGAUCCUGGGGCUCACUGGUGGAAAAACAGCCCGAUGGCAGAGGCGUUCGGUGCAGAACUGUUUGCUCAUGGCCAUGAUAUCCUGUGAGUAAUGAUGGAUGUAUUUGUUGCCAUCUCUGAUCUCAGGGCUUUAUCUUGACGCCAACUCAUUGGGAUGUUCCGGGGGUUGGUGCCAAGAGCGUUUUGCCCCGGGGCUUUGUAUCGCUGGUGCCGCUCAGCCCCAUUUCACCAAACUUUGCCCAUCACGCGUGGUUUUCGCUGUGCUUUACGCAGGCCGGGCAGAUGCUGGCGGGUGAAAAUACGGUGUUUCCGUGGGGUGAGGAGUGCAGUAACGGACCCCAAUCACCGCUUUUUGCUCCCAACACGCACAGCUCCGGCGAUCGCGCGAUCCCAUCGGCCACAUCAAACCCAAACUGUGCCCCCUCGGCCCAUCGCUGCCCCCCGUGCCGUUGGGGAGCUGCCCUCGGCGCUGCUCCUUUAAAGUAUUCUUUUAUUUCAUUUUCGCGAUGCUCUUUGCAUCCCUGCGAUCUGCGCUGCCGCCUCCGGCGCGGUUUUCCCCCCGGGGUAGGACUUAAGGUUUUAUGCGCUUAGGUCGGGUUUAGCUAUUUUAGGCGCUGAGGUGUCUGCCCUCGCCCGGCCCCCGCCGUCCCCGCUGCUCCUUGGCCGGAGCCGCCCGAGGAGUGCCGGGGGGGGUCGGGCGUUAUCGGCCGGCGCAGCGCUUCCUGCGCGGGGCUGCGGACGCCGAUACCGUGCGGGGGGAAGGGCGGAUGCGCGGAGGAGACUAAAAAUACCCCCGGGCGUCGCGUUGUCAUCUUCCCGCCCUGGAAAGAUCCUGGAGGAGUUUCUGUGCGUGGGGAAGGGGCGUUGAGGGGAAGGAUUUGGGGGGCUGUGCCUGAGAGCGCGUUGCUCUGGGAGUUAACUCAGCCAAGCGGUGCCCCGAUGCCCAAAUCUUUCCCUUUGCUCCCUUUCCCCUUUUUGCUGCAAAACCAGAAGAUCUGCUCCAAAUCGCAGCGGGGACGGAGCGCAGCCCGCCGUGCUCUCCCUGCUCCUGAGCAUCCCUGGGGAGAGGACGUGGGACGCGGGGGCAGCGGGGCCGCGCCGGGUCAGCGGUGCCGCAGGUUCCUCAGCCCCAGAUGCAGACCCAUUCCGGGUGCCCGACCUCGCCUGAGCAGAUUAUUUUCCAGCUGAUCCUUUCCAGAGCAAAGCUGGGAAAUAAUCCCCCCCGCAGCCGGGCACCCCUCCCUGACCCGCUACGGUCCCCCCUCCUGGCUGCGUUUUGGGGGGUGUCUGCUCAGCUGUGCUGGAGGUGCACGUGGGAACGGGCUCUGUCUACUCAGUGGAAGGGGAGGGAGCCGUGCUGCCCGCCUGGUACACCAGCAGCUCACAGAAGAGGCCCUACAUCAGCUGGAUGCUGAAAAAGGCAGCUGCUAAGCAAUUCCAGAUCCUGACAUACCUGGACGGGGAGGUGAAAGUGGAGGAGACAGAGCUGAAGCCCCGUGUGGGGUUCCUGCACCCCGUCCUCACCCACAACAUCUCCCUUUUCAUCAAUGCCACACGGGAGCACGACUCGGGCCAGUACAUAUGCUCUGUCAACGUGGUGGAUGACAUCAUCAGCCCGAUCAGAAGCAUAGCCAUCAUCAACCUGACAGUGCUGGUGCCGCCAGCCCCCCCCGCCUGCAGGCUGAAGGGCAGCCCCACCGUGGGAGCCAACGUGACGCUGAGCUGCGCCUCCCAGAAGGGCAAACCCUCCCCCCUGUACAAAUGGCAGCGCCAGGAGCCCACCAAGCAGGUCUUCUUUCCCCCCGCUCAGGACCGGGCCAGGGGAACCCUGAAGCUGACGAACCUCUCGCUGGACAUGUCGGGUCUCUAUGAGUGCGAGGCGGAGAACCGCGCGGGUUCGGCCAAGUGCAGCAUCAUCCUGGAGGUGCACUCAACCAGCGAGGGGGCCAUCAUCGCGGGCGCUGUGCUGGGCUCUGUGGGCGCGUUGGCCACCGUCGCCUUCUUCACCCAACGGGUGCUCGGCUACCGGAGGAAGAAGCGCGAUGGGCAGGAGGAAGCGGCCAACGAGAUCAAGGAAGACGCCGUGGCCCCCAGAACCCCCACCUGGACGCGGAGCCGCCCUGCGGACACCAUCUCCAAGACCAGCACUUUGUCCUCCAUCGUGGGUGCCCGGGACAGACCCUACGGGGCCUCCCCCCCCUCCGACACUGCCUCGGUCCUCACCGCUGCUGGCAGCUACCGGGGACCCCCCCGGGCCAGGGCGCACCCCCCCGCCACCAACGGGGCCCCCUGGCGCCCCCCGCAGCCCGUUGCCCCCCCGGGGGGGCUGCCCCCCUCCAGUCUGGCGCGGGCCGGAGCCGUCCCCGUCAUGGUGCCCGCCCAGAGCCGGGCCGGCUCCUUGGUGUGACCCCCCCAGAAAUGAGCUGCUCCCCUCGGCUCCCCGCCCUGCCCCCUUUUGGGGCUUUUUUUCCCUUUUUUCCUUUUUUUCUUCAUUUUUUUGUAAAGACGCCUGGAGCGGCCGGACUUGUCCUGCGCUGUUUAAUGGGUGCGGGGGGUGCCCCGCUCUGCCCUGGGGGGGCCGCGUCUCCCCGCCGAUGGCAGUGCCCCGAACCGCACCACUCGGAUUGGGGGUCCACUUUUUUUUACGUACGGAUGGAAAUGGGAUAUUUUUCAUAGAAGAGCAUUAAUGGGGAAAGGGUUGGAAGCGGCAAUGGGGGGGGGGGGGGACGGAUGGACUUUUUUUUUAGGUUUUGGAGUUUUUUUUGAUUAAAAUGCUUUUGGGUGA